AUGAUGCAGGGGUAUUUGUUCUGGAUUGUCGGGCUGCAUCUGCUAUCGCCCGCCGCCCCGGACAGCGCACCUCUUCAGUAUCGCCAGAUCGCAGAGCUCGUGGCUAGCGACGCCGCGAGCGACUUCGGCUGGUCCGUGGCCAUCGACGGUGACACCGUCGUGAUCGGGGUGCCAGGCAACAACACCGUACCGGCGACGCCGGGCUCUGUCUACAUAUUCCGUACGGACGACGGCGGCGCAACGUUUGCCCAGGUGACCAAGCUGACGGCCGUUGCGGCGCACGGCCAGUUCGGCAUCGCUGUGGCGAUUGACGGCGAUACAGUCGUGGUCGGGUCUCCCUACGACGACCCUGGUGGCUCGGCCUACGUCUUCCGCACGACCGACGGCCUUACGUAUGGGCUGGUGGCCAAGCGGACGGCCGCCGACGCCGCGGCGAACCUAUGGCCUGCCACGCCGGCGGCGAACGACCUCUUCGGCUGGUCCGUGGCGAUCAAGCAAGGCACCGUUGCGGUCGGAGCCUACGGCAAGGACGUGUCGGUCUGGGAUGAUAUGGCAAAUCUCAUUACCCGAGCUGAUAUGGGACUUGUCUACCUAUACCAGACGAGUGACGAUGGCGCCACGUGGUCGCCAGGUACUAGACCCGACCUUGGUUAUGGAAGCACCGAGGACUACGUGGACAAUUUGGGCUCGGUGCCGGCGUCCUUGCCACCGGGGUCCCAAAAUACCGGGGACCCGUACACUGACGACACUUUCUCGGCGGGCGACGCCUUCGGCUACUCCGUGGCGAUAUUCGAGUACGCUGACUCUUAUACCGGCGGUACUUACGACCCAGGUGGGAACUAUGUUUUAACUACCACCGAGUUCACGCAACCCGUGAUCGUGGUCGGGGGCUUUUCCGAAGCUGCCUACGUCUACAGUCAAUGGGGGUGGGAAAAACUGACGGCAGAUGAUUCCGUCGAGGGGGAUCGGUUUGGUUGGUCCGUGGCUAUCGACGGCAACACCGUCGUGGUUGGGGCCCCCGGGGACGACAACGAAUCGGGCUCGGCCUACGUUUUUCUCACGUACUUCGGCCCACGCCUAGAUCCCCCUCUCUGCGCUCACUCAUGGUUUUAUAAAUUCGACCAAGUCGCCAAGCUGACGGCCACCGACGCCGCUGCGGGCGACCACUUCGGCUGGUCCGUGGCAGUCGACGGCAGCACUAUCGUGGUCGGAGCCUACAACGCUGGCACCGGUGGCGCGGUCUACGUCUUUCGCACGACCGAAAGCAGCACGUACACGACUUGGAGAGACUGCUACGCUUAUUAUGUGUCUCCAGAAGUCGUUACGUACAACCAAAUCGCCAAGCUGAUGCCAGCCGACGCAGCAGCGUACUCGAAUAUAGCCGGCAUCUCCGUGGCGAUUGCCGGCACCACCGUCGUGGUCGGGACCCGGCGAGACGGCGCGGGCUCGGCCUACGUGUUCGAGAUCCCUCCGGAACCGGCACCCGGACCUCAUUGCUGGAUCCUAAAAGAGUGUAAGACCUCCAAGGAUGCCGGCCCGAGCGUGGAAAUGCUCGUCGCAAUCAUCGUGAUAUCCUUAGUUUUGUGUUGCGCCGCCGCCAUAGCCUACCGAUGGCGUCGGCCUCUCGCUAGGAAGGUCCACGCAAUGAAGGUCCACGCGAUGACGCCGGAGCAAAUAACGAAACAGAAGGAUAAAAAGAUGAAACAGUUGAAGGACCUGAUCGAUGGUAAUGCCGUAACGGUAAAAGACCUCUCAAACAAAAAAUGGCCCCCGUGGCUGCUCAAAACGGAAGGUUGCAUCGACGAGCUGCUGGAUGAACUCGGCGCAGAUCGACAAGACGUAGACAUCGCAAGGGCCCGACAAAUCAUCGCGGACUUUGCAAGCAAGAAGAAGGCCAAGAAGAGCAUGGAAAUGCCCCCGGGGCCUCUCAAGGAAUUUGUCGAGUUCGCGGGACGCGACGAGCUCAAGGGUGAUUACUAUUUCGCCAACCGCGCGCAGCGCCUGCACGCGGAAGAGCGCUCGAAGUUCGAAGCCUCGAACGUGACGCGCGCACGACUCGAGGCCGCACGACUCGAGGCCGAAUGCAAGUUCCUGCAAAGCCGCAUCCAUGAGGCGAUCAAGAAGGAACUCGCGGGCGACCCGAAGCGCGUGGAGGCACGCCUGCGUGCCGUCAGCGACCAGGCGACGGAUUUCUUUAGUAAGAUUUACAUCAGCAUCUACGACACUGCGCUGGAAUCGGCGGGCAAGCAGGCAAAAGACGCCUACGACAAGGCCAUAGAGACUCUCCGGGCCGGCGCGUCUGGCACGUGCUUACAGCGCGCGGAGUCGGCGCCGGCGCUGGGUGCCUCGUCUGCGCCGCCGCUGGAGCGCGCCGCGUCGGCGCCGGCGCUGCUGGCGGACGCGCUUGACGUGGCGCCAGAGUUUGACAAGUUCGUUGAAAGACUCACGGUUGCCGCUGGCAGCAACGUCAGCCGCAAGAAACCUCCGCCCAAGGGCGCCGCGCGCAUCGUCGAAAAAUGUGCUCUGAAGCCCGAAGCGCCGGACGACACGUCGAAGGUCUGCGACGUCAAUCGCGACAUGCUCGUCUGUGACACGCUCGGGGACUUGACGUAUCUCCUAGAAUCCCUCGCCCGGGCAAAAGACAUUUCGGUCGUCCGCGUCAAGGACCGCCACAACCAUCCACCACCGUCGAAGUGGCGGGACGUGAUGGUGAAUAUCAUCCUGAAGACCGACCGCGAAACGCACCACGUCUGCGAGCUCCAGCUGUGCCUUGCGAUGAUGCUGUCGGGCCGCGAGGGGCUCCACGGCCACACGCUCUACAACCGCCAGCGGUGCGCCGACGAGCUCCUCGAGAAGCUCGCGGGAUAA